AUGAAGAUUCCAGUUCAAAAACGUCCCAGUUUUUUAGAACAUGUCAAUGUGAUAGCGAACCACAAGCACUUGAACACCUGGUACAUUCUGGUUAUGGUGAUUAAGCUCACCUGGUAUGCCGAAACAGAAACCAACACUCUCACCUAUAUCAUUCGAGAGCUGUCGGAAAUCGUUCGGGUAAUAGAUAUCAAGUUUUACCUGCUAGACAGACGAGAUGUCCUCCGGAUCCAGAAAAACAUAUUAGGAGCGUGUCCCGGGGAAAGGGAGAAAAACGAUGCCAUGCUGAUAUACAUGCGAAAUUUAACGGAUUUUUCGAAAAACUGCCAAAAAGUGAUCUACCUUCGUACAAUGGCGCCGGCCGCUGGUGAGACAGCUCGUCGGGUUUUCAAGGAGGAAGCUCAAGAGAUAAUUCUGAUUAUCUUGACCAAGCAGAAACCAGACGAAGGAAAACGAAAGUUGGAGGAGCGCUUGAACAAAUACCGUGGAGGCAGUAAAAGUCACAAAUACAUCCAUCAGACAAUGGAUCUCAAUGAGUUCAUUGCGAUCCUCGAGGAGCACAAAGUUCCUAAAGAUCAGAAGCACGGUACAACCGCGUUCUACCGAAACCAAAGAAAAUUUCGUAGACAUUUUUCAAGAGCAUUUCGAACGAUGAACGACUACGAGAAUUAUUUGGAUACAAGAGCAACUGCAACUUUCACUGUUGUUUAA